AUGUUCCAAAAGGGUUCUGGUAUUUAUGAUGGGCCAGGCGACUCUUACACAUACUCCUUUGUUGCCAACCCUGCCGGAACUCAUUGGUAUCACUCGCAUGACAAAGGCCAAUAUCCAGACGGACUUCGAGGCAAAAUGAUCAUCCAUGAUCGGAACUGGGAAAACAGCUUAGGCAUUGACUCGCAGAUCUAUCUCAGCAUGUCAGAUUGGCAAAUGCCUGACAUCAUCAAAGACUACAUGAGCCCAAGCAACACUAAUGGAGAUCUGCCGUCUCCUGAUACGAUCUUAGUCAACGAUACUCGCAGUGCGCCACAAUUCAAAUUCGGAGCUGGCAAGAAGUACCUCAUUCGUAUUUCCAACAUUGGUGGUCUUGCUUGUGGCCAGUUCCACAUUCAAGGGUACACCCUCAAAGUUGUCGAAAUGGACGGUGUGCAAAUACAACCCAGCAAUGCGGAUACUAUCGUCCUUUGUGCGGGUCAGACGAUUGGCGUAGUGGUUCAGGGAAAGACCAAUCCCAUGGGAGGAGCCAACUACAUUGUUAAAAUGACCACUGACAUGCUUACGGGGAACAUCCCAUCUGAGAGCGCGAGAACCGUUAUAGGAAAGCUCAUUUAUAACCUGUUGGGGUCGAUCAUUGACUUUAUCACGGACAUUCUCACGUUCAACUGGCAACCCGCCUCGACAUUUGACGACUUCUCCGCAAAGCCACUGGACGGCCAAAAGCUUUUGUCUCCAGUAGACAACAAGAUCGAGCUCGCAACCAACCAGACGUACUUUUCGGGAAUCGGAACCCGUAUCGGGAUGGGCGCUCAGCCUUGGGUACCUGCGAAAGUUCCCUCGCUUUACACUGCGCUAACAACUGGCUCCAACGCCAUGGAUCCGGCCACGUAUGGAGUGGGAGUUGAGCCCCAUGUCGUAAAGUCCGGACAGGUAAUCCAGAUUCAUUACCAGAACACGCAUCCAUAUCCGCAUCCGAUGCAUCUUCACGGCCAUGUCUUUCAAAUCGUGGCCAAAGGUUCUGGGGCGUGGAAUGGCGUCGAAAGCUCGCUUCCUAAUAUUCCCGCGAAGCGCGACGUUGCAGUAGUUGCCGCCAAUGGCUAUCUCGUUAUUCGCUUCAAAGCCGACAACCCGGGCGUCUGGUUGUUCCAUUGCCAUAUCGAUUUGCAUCUCGUCGGCGGCAUGGCUGCUACAAUUAUAGAAGCGCCAGAUCUUGCCCAAGGCAUAUUAUCCGUGCCUGCGGCUGGCAUCUCGAAUUGUCAGAAGGGUAAUCGGUUAUACAGCGGCAAUUGCGCGGGUGACCAAGGUGCCAUCUCGGCGAGCGAUUCUGCCAGCAAGUGCAACACAGUGCUGAACUCGGAUGGAAACAAUAAAGGUGCACUGAUUGGUUGA